UUGUCAAAGUUGAUGUUAAGUUUGACAAUUUAUUGUGAGAAAUUUGCCUAUUUACGUUUUCCGAAUUUCUGAAGUAAAUACGGUAAUGUGAAAUUGUUACUACUAUUAAAAUGGAAGAGGAUGAAGAUACUUAUUGCCGCUUCGGUACUCCGCUUGAACCACUGGAAGAAGAUGAAGUUCCUUCGAAAAAACCAAUCGCUAUUGAGGAUCAAAUCGUAACAGAUGCUAAUGGAAAACGAAGAUUUCAUGGCGCAUUCACCGGUGGAUUCAGUGCUGGAUUUUGGAAUACUGUUGGCUCACUGGAGGGAUGGAAGCCGCAGAGUUUCAAGAGCUCUCGCGGAGAGAAAGCGGAGGCGAUGAAACAACGAGCUGUUGACUUCAUGGACGAAGAAGAUCUUGGCGAAUUCGGAAUUGCUCCGCAAAGAGUCCAAACAACAGAUGACUUCAAGCAACAAGAUGGUCCUGGAACUUCCGCCGAUCAGAGUCGAAAGCGAAAACUUCAACAGACAGCCGGCCCAAUCCCUGGUAUUCCUGUCCUACACCAACUUUUACAACCGGCUAAGGAGAAUAUUGCCAUUCGUUUGUUGAAGAAAAUGGGGUGGAAAGAGGGUCAAGGGGUUGGAGCGCGUCAAACACGAAGAGAGAAAAAAUCAGCGGCGCAACGGAAUGCACGGGAACGCUAUGUUAUGAAAAUGUACGGCUGUGAUAUGGGGCCUAUGCAACAGGAGUCGAAAAAGGGUGAUGAAGAAGAUGAUGAUGAAUCUGAUAUUUCAGAUGAAGAGAUUACAUUUGCACCAGAUGACUUUGAACCUUUUGUUUGUAGUAUUAAAACAAAUACUUUCGGUCUCGGCUAUCAAGGGUUAAGUCGUGAUCCAGUUUUGAAAAAGCAGCAACACAUAAAUUUAUUCGGAAAUGCGUUUGAAGUGAUGGGAAAGGACAACAAGAAACUAUCAAUUCGCGGCCAAGCUUUUGGGGUCGGCGCACUUGAAGAGGAGGACGAAGACAUUUACGCUCGUGACGAUAUGACCAGAUAUGACUUUUCACUCGAUAAUUCUGGAAAAUCGAAAACUCAAUCCAAAGAAAAGAAAAAAGCUGAACGUGGGGUCCUCGAUGGAUUCGAAACUGCACAAAGUAUUUCAAUGUAUACCAAAAAAGUCUUCACCAUAACUUUGCCUGCUAAUUUUAAACCUCGAAACUGGGCGGUAAGAAAAUCUCGUUUUGAACCCAUCGAUGAAAAUCGUGUUGCAAGUCUUCGUAAGCAGGAUGAGCAUAAGGUGAAAGGGUUAGGUCGACAUGAUCUCGAUCCCGAUCAGCGGGGACAAAUUUUAGGUGAGGCGUCUAGUAGUUCCGCAAGUACCAGUAAAAAUGAUAAGGUGGAGCCUGAACCGCAACAGACAAAGAAGAAGACUUAUUUAGAACGUAUAAAUGAGAAAUAUAAAAGUAAAGAAACGCCCUCGAGUUCGAAAUUUUUGGAGAAGCUUGCGUCCAAUUUUGAUAAUUUCACUAAGGGUGAGGUAUUGAAUGAGGAUAAACCUGCAAGCCAGCUGGAAGUGGAGACGCGUAAAGAAAAUGAGAAAGUGUUGUCGGAGGCGAAGAAUAUUACGAAGGGAUUAGAUAAAACUCCUGGAGUUUUCAAACCAUUCGCAUCAAACGAAGCGAAACAGGAGCGUUACGAAAAAUUCGUAGAGCAAAAUCUUAAAAACGACGAAGAAAUAACGAAGUUCCUUGCGACGAUACAACCCCUAAGCAUGAAUGACUGGGACCGUGAGAUGGAGAAAAAGGAAUUUAUUCAAGCCAGGAAUAUAUAUAGACCGCUAAGAGGAAUUAUGUCGGACAGGUUUGUGUCGGAAGCCACAGUCAUAGCGGAACGUGAGGUUGCAAAGCCUGUUGAGAAGACGGAGAAGAAAAUUAAAAUUGAACGAGUGAAAACAUCGUGGAAACCCUCCUCACAACUAUGCAAGCGCUUCAACAUUGCCGAGCCAUUCGGUGGUGCGAUGUUGGAUGAGAAGAAGCAGCCGAAGAAACCUCGAUUCUCUGUUUUCGAUUAUCUUGAAGUGUCUGUGAAUACCAAAGAAAACUUUGUGACUCCAGUUAUAAUCCCAUCGAAAAUGGAAAGGCCGAAACCAAUGGUUUCCCAGACGCAACCAUUUGACAUUGAAGCAGAGACCGCUGCAACCACAGGUCGGUUAUCAACAAAGGACCUACUUGCCAAUGAAAUGAAAGCUUCAAAAAUUGAGUGGGAUCGUGUGACGGAACCUAAGUCAGUAUCUUCUGAAGUCAGUAAAGUUCCAACAGCUCAAAGGAAAACGUCCGAUAAAAACAAAACUGAGCUGGAAAAGAAAGUCGAAGAGAUGAAAAGCAAACAUCCAUCGGAAAAGAAAGAUCUUUUCAAAGCAAUAUUUGACACCGAUAGCGAAGAGGAUGAUGAGGACAAAUCCGAUGCGAAACAAGAAGAGGAGAAAAAGGAAGUGGACGCUGCGAAGAUUAUUGGUGUUGAGGCUCAUAAGGACAUCUUUGCAUCUGUAAAACAGUCAGCUGCAGAAAUCAAUGUCUUGCGAAACACAUCACCACCGCGAGGUAUUUUUGCAAAUCUCUUUACACGAAAACCAGCUGCAGAGCCACCAUCAGAAGAAUCAACUCAAGUUGGAAAAGCUGCUGGAGAUGCUGAAACUUCAAAAACCCCGCCCAAGGAGAAAACAUCAGACGAAAAUGAAUCCAAAGUUUCAACAAGGAUCACUUUCAAACCACGAAGUGAAAGGGAGCGUUCUUUGGAUCGAGAGAACUUGUAUGGUCCUCAACUUCCUUCCAAUUUACAUCCGGCUCCUGUUCCUAGCAGUUCAGAAAUGCCUUUGGAGCAACAAAAAUCAAACGACGGUAAACUCGAUGAAAAAUUAUUAAAGCUACUGAAAAAGUCGAAGAAGGAAAAGAAAAUUAUAGAGCAAUGGGUGGAAAAGCCGAGCGAAAGAGCAGAGAGAAAGAAGAAGAAAAAGGAUAAAGACAAGGAUAAGAAAAAGAAAUCGAAGAAACAUAAAAAAGAGAAAAAACGACAUAAAGACAAAUAA